GGAUGGAGGCUGACGAAUAGAGAACGAGAGCUCCAGACUGACAGAACGUGGCUGAGUUGAAGAAUCUACAAAGCCAUUUCCAAAAAGACUUGUUACACAGAAAAAGUGAAAGCACAUGAACACCACACACUGGAGACCAUAUACAACAUAAUACAGCUGUAUUACGGGACGCACAGCUUGUGUGGACAACAGUAAUUGGACACAAGUUCAUAUGAGGAAUGUUACAAGGGACGUUAACUGGAAACCACUGGAAUCUAAGAUUUCUGCUAUUGGCCGUGUUGGUGAUCAGAAUGAGUGCAUCAGAUGACAUCAUGAGAAUCCUCCGGCACAUCUGGACCAGACUGCAGGGUCUUUCUCAAGACCACCCGCUCAUGCAGGUGGCGUUUCUCGUCAUCCUGCUGUUCUUCUUGACAUUCAUUGCUCUGGUCAUCAUUGGAUGCGUUUAUGGCCGCUGUGGCUGCUGCAAAGGGACCAGAAACAAAGUGUCUUCCAUCUGAUCUGCCACAACGAAACAACAAAGUGUGGGCUCCAAUGCGGGAGGAACAUCAGACAAGACCGCAAUGGGCCGAAAUAAAGUGUUCAUGGCAUCUGAUGGCUUUGAUUUGUGACUGCAGUCAUAGCACACAUUAUCUGGAUAAUACCCAGCCAGUGAAGGUGGCAUACACACUGCAAAGCUGUAUGAAAAGGAGAGAGUGGGGUAAGAUGUGUCGCCCCCUUAAUAUUGGCGACUGUGCACAAUUGUUGUCAUGCGACCAUAUAUUUAGAUAGGGCACAUUAUAUACAGCUGACAAUAGCUAUGUUUCCAUCAACGUUUUUUUAUGUACAUUUUGGGAUGGAAACACGUCUUUCUUCGCACAUCGUUUUUGCGAUAUGGUUUUUCGCAUAAAUUAAAUUCGCAACUUGGAUGGAAACAUAGCUUGUGAUUGAGAGAUCCACAUGAGAAAAGUGAUAGCAUAUUUUUUGCAUGUCGAAGUACAUUUUCUACAUGGCAGGUAUAUCCAGGUCUAAAAUACAAUAUAUAUCAUGCAUGUUGGUGAAUUGCCAAUAAUACAUUUACAUUUAUGCAUUUGGCAGACGCUUUUAUCCAAAGUGACUUACAGUGCCCUUAUUACAGGGACAAUAACCUCAGAGCAACCUGGAGUUAAGUGCCUUGCUCAAGAACACAAUGGUGGUGGCUGUGGGGAUCAAACCAGCAAUCUUCUGUUCUGUGCUUUAGCCCACUACGCCACCACAUAUAAUACCAUGUAAAUUCUUCCCAAAAUGCUAGUCAGAUGCUUGGGGGCAAGCUGUGCCAGUGGAUUAACUGAUAAUGAUGUGAGCUUUACAUCCAAAUGCAGAAAAUACUAUUAUGAAAAACUUCAGAUUUUUUUUUUUGAGGAAGAACUGGCAAAGAGAAACCCACUGUUCAAAGAAAAUGACCAAGGAUUUUCUCCAAAAAGUUAUGUAUUGAAGAAGCAAUCUCAGCAUUAUAAAGUUUGGGGGAACUGCAAGGAGAAAGCAACAUUUCAUAUUUCCCUGCAACCUGGUUGGAAUGUGGAAUAACAAUGCCUUAGUCUGUUCAGUCCAACAAAUUAUCUUUUUGUAAACUUACUUCGCUGUAUCAAGAAUAUAAAAAAGUGUUUAUGAAAAUUUAAAAAUGUUGAAAAUAUGUUCACUAUAUUAAAAUAUUCUGAAUAAUGUACUUUUUCUGGCUGGUUACUGGAUCUUAUCUUUUAGAAACUGCAGCAAAACAUGAUUUUUGAAUGGGAAAGUGCCUUUUUAAUUUGAAUUUGUAUAAAUAAAUAAAGUUUCAAUUAAAUAUUUUUAAUAAAGCUGUCGAUUAAAUGUGCUAAAAACAGGUCCUCCACAGUGAUAGCGACCAACAGAACACAACACAGCUGCUCACAAAACAGAGA